AUGAAGUCACAAGCGGUUUUGUUCUUUGCAAUUAUUGCAUCUUUCUUAUACAAAUCCCUGGCAGGACCUGAUGAUGUUUCAUCUACGGUCUGCCUUCUUCAGGAUGAACCAAAUCAAUGUGGAAAAUUCUGCUUAACCGCUCUAAAACCACUCAUUGAUCACAUUGCCCUUCACCAGCAGCAGUGGAAUACCCGUGAUGCUGUCAUGGUGAAUGAAACUCAAACGAAAUUAAACAGGAUUGAAGGACAACUGGAUGCACUAAGGACUCCCUGGUUAAACUUCUUCCGAAGAUCUUGCGACGAGACUGGAGACAAUGAAAAACAACAACAUCAGCUUUUAAGACAAACAAAUUUAUCUGAAGAGAAUUGGACAGGGGCUAUAACUACUUGUGGUCAGAUGGGCGGUCAAUUGGCAUCCAUUGAGAAUGAAAGUGAAUUUGAUGCGAUCGUUGCGAAAUUAAAAUCAGAUAUUAGCUACAGAGUGGAUAUAAACGAUCUGGCGGAAAAGGGAAGUUCAUCUCCAGAUUCGGGAAACCAGCUGUAUUUUUCAAGUGGAAGCGAGGAGAACCAAGAUACGAUACCGAGUCUCAGCGCUGUGUGA